AUGGUCAAAUCAUACAGUAAAUACGAGCAGACCGACGCUUUUGGUGUGGUCGCGACUGCCACCUCGAACAUUGUAUGGACCCCGGAAGGCCUUACACAACCUGGAUCAUCUCGAGCCGCAGGCGCCGGACGCGCAUACGCUGCCGCCAAUGAAGAAGUGCUAUGUUGGGAUAUUAAGAAGAGCGAGCUCGUGAGCAGAUGGCGCGACAACUCUUGUACCGAGCAAGUGACCGUCAUUUGCAGGAGCGACGUGGAUCCAGAUGUUUUCGCCGUGGGCUACACAGACGGAAGCAUACGCAUAUGGGAUGCGCGAACGUCGACCGUCAUCAUCAGCUUCAACGGACACAAAUCGGCCGUCACAGUACUUACUUUCGAUCAAAGCGGAGUACGUCUAGCGAGUGGCUCCAAGGACACAGAUAUCGUCAUAUGGGAUCUGGUCUCGGAAACGGGCUUGUUCAAGCUGAGAGGACACAAGGGUCAAAUCACCGGUCUGCACUUUCUUCAUCCUGGUAGCGCGUCAGACGAAGAUGGCGAAGUGGACAUGGAUGCGGAUCAGGCAUUCCUACUCUCCACGAGCAAAGAUGCAUUGAUCAAGAUCUGGGACGUCGCUACGCAACACUGCAUCGAGACGCAUAUUGCACAAACCAACGGAGAAUGUUGGGCACUCGGUGUCUCGCCAGACGGAAGCGGCUGCAUAACAGCUGGUAAUGACGGAGAGCUCAAGGUAUGGGCUAUCGAUCAAUCCGGUCUUCGACAAGCAGCUUCAACCUUGGGAGAAGGAGUGGAUCGGGAGUAUCUCACGUCGAGAGGUAUCUUAUAUCGACAAGGAAAGGACAGGACGCAGUGUAUAUCCUUCUACGGCAGGGCUGAUUACAUCGCCGUACAUGGCGCGGAGAAGGCUGUGGAGAUCUGGCGGAUAAAAACUCCAGAAGAAGUCAGGAAAAGCUUAGUAAGGAAGAGGAAGAGAAAGCGGGAAAAGUCCAAGUCCGAGACAAACGGCGAGGCGCAAGAAGGGAUGGAUGAUGACAAGGUCAAUGCAGCAGAUGCGGAAAUUGGCGAGGUCUUUGUGCCCUACGUGACAGUGCGGACAGCUGGAAAGGUCAGGUCGGUUGCGUGGAUGCAUAUCAAGGGAACGAAGAAGCUGCAACUACUCGUCGGCACAAACAACAACCUCUUAGACGUUUACGAAAUACCCCAACGAAGCAAUUCGAAGAGCGAGGAGGCACCAGAUUAUAGUAGGACACUGUCUGUCGAACUCUCGGGCCACAGAAACGAUGUACGAGCGCUCGCUCUCAGCUCAGACGACCGCAUGUUGGCAUCUGCGUCAAGUGGGGGACUCAAGAUCUGGAAUAUCAAGACACAGAACUGUUUGCGUACGCUGGAGUGCGGGUAUGCUCUAUGUUGCGCAUUCCUACCUGGAGACAAGAUUGUGGUAGUAGGCACCAAGGACGGUUAUAUCGAAUUGUACGACAUAGCGGCUUCCACAUUGCUCGACAAGAUUUCAGCACACGAGGGAGCAGUAUGGACGAUGCAAGUUCACCCUGACGGCAAGUCACUCAUCACUGGUAGUGCGGACAAGUCUGUCAAGUUCUGGAACUUCGAUAUCGUAGAGGAGGAGAUUCCAGGGACAAAGCGCACAACACCACGUUUAAAGCUCACGGAAUCUCGCAUACUCAAGGUCAACGAUGAUGUUCUAAGCAUACAGGUAUCACCCGACUCGCGACUGCUAGCUGUGGCAACUCUCGACAAUACCGUAAAAGUCUUCUUUGUGGAUUCGCUGAAGCUUUUCCUCAACCUUUACGGUCACAAGCUGCCAGUGCUCAACAUGUCGAUAUCUGGCGACAGCAAGCUCAUCGCCACAUGUUCCGCCGAUAAGAACGUACGUAUCUGGGGUCUUGAUUUCGGAGACUGCCACAAAGCGCUCUUCGGCCACGAGGACAGCAUCAUGCAGAUCUCCUUCAUUCCACACCCCGUGGACGGCGAAGAACGCCACAUCUUCUUCAGCGCCUCCAAAGACCGAACAAUCAAAAGCUGGGACGGCGACAAAUUCCAGCAGAUACAAAAAUUUAGAGGCCACCACGGCGAAAUCUGGGCCAUGACCGUCGCCCGAACCGGCGACUUCCUCGUCACCGCCAGCCACGACAAGAGCCUGCGCAUCUGGACACGCUCCGACGAGCCCAUUUUCCUCGAAGAAGAACGCGAGCGCGAACUAGAAGAAAUGUACGAAAAAACUCUCGCUACUUCCCUUGAAGACGACGAAAACAACGAAAACCCGUCCACGGCAGAAGCAGUCGAUGCUUCAAAACAAACAAUCACCACUCUCACCGCUGGCGAGCGCAUCCAAGAGGCCCUCGACCUAGGCAUCCCCGACCUCGAGUUGGUUCAGAAUUGGGAGAUACAACGUCGUUCAAACCCUAAACUCGCUCCUCCACAACGAAAUCCCCUAUACCUCGCUCUCGGUAACAUCUCAGCUGAACGCCAUGUCCUCAGCACCAUGGCCAAGAUCCCCGCUGCACAACUCCACGACGCCUUACUUGUCCUACCCUUCUCCUCCCUCCCCGCGCUCUUCACUUUCCUCGCCAUCUGGGUUCGCAAACAGUGGAAUGUCACGCUUACCUGCCGCGUCCUCUUCUUCAUGCUCAAGACGCAUCAGAAACAGAUUGUCGCGUCCCGCGAACUCAAGACUGUGCUGGAGGCUAUGCGCAACGAUUUGAGGAUCAUGUUGAGUCAGAAUAAGGAUUUGAUUGGGUUUAAUGUUGCCGCGCUGAGGUUUGUGGGGGAGAAGGUUGAGGAGAGGGGGUUGGUGAGGUGGGAGGAUGUUGAGAGGGUUGAGGAGGAGGAGGGCAAGGGGAGGAGGAAGAGAGGGUUUGUGGAUGUGGCGUGA